UAUUCUUCUCUCGUCGAUUCAGUUUCUAUGUCAGCCAGCCGUCUCUCUGCCACCCUGCUCGUCAAGCCACCCGCUGCCCCCGGAGGUUUCUGAAUCGCCGCCGCCGACUUCACCCGUCUCAAUGUUGUCGGAGGUUGAGGAACGGUGCUCGGUCACCAGAAGGAAGCGAAAGAGGGAGCGGUCUGAGCCUAAACUUCUCGUCGGUAGCCGAGUUGAGGUACGGAGUUUGGAAGAUGGGCUACUGGGCUCUUGGUACGCGGGGACUGUGAUUGCAUGGCGGCCUCAAAUGCGGGACGUCAGAUAUGAUAGUUGUCUAGCUGAAGGUGGUUCGAGUAAACUCGAAGAGAGUGUUCCUGUCUCGAUGGCCAUUGAUGGGCUUGAUUGUGGCAACCGCAGUAACUGCAGCAGUUAUCGGGGCCAUAUAAGGCCGGUGCCACCUUCUGUUGCAAUCGGUACAAGGGAGCUUCUUUAUGGAUUGUGUGUGGAUGUGUAUCAUGAAGAUGCAUGGUGGGAAGGUGUGAUUUUCGAUCGCAGUAUAGAUGCAAAGGAGAGAAACGUGUUCUUCCCAGAUUUGGGUGAUGAGCUCCUGACUCAUAUUUCUAACAUUCGAAUAGCUCAAGAUUGGAUCGAGGGUGAAGAUAAUUGGGUUCGUCGUGGAUUCUGGUCCUUUCUUAAGGUGAUACACGAGUAUGAGGAACAGUUUUAUCUUCCCGUUUCAGUGAAACAGAUUUGGUAUGAUUUGCGACAGACAAAAGGUUUUAGGAAGAUCAAGGAGUGGACCUGUAGUAAAGAAAUACUGUGGAAGAACAUGGUGUUUAGUGUUCUCGUGGAAAACAUUGAAAUUGCUCUCAGCUGCAUUUCGCCAACUUUUAACUUGGACAAAGAGUCAGCAAGAGAAGAGGGUGCUGUGUUACAGUUCUUUGAGCCACCUUCUGAACUUCAUAUGAAAUCUGAAACAGAUGCAUCCAGUUGCCUAUCCAUAUUGCCGGUUGAUGAACCCCUUGGUUUGGGCAUGACCGGAUCCAACACUAACUCAACAAGUGAUGCACCUCUUACGGUCAUUGCUGUCCACAAACCGGUUGUUGGAUUGUUCCAGGUCAGGGCUGAUGCUCAACCUGCCCAAGCAGGGACAGAGUUGAAAGAAUGUGUUUCUGUUGUGGAAAACAAGGUGCCGCAUAUCAGUCUCUCUAAGAACAAAAACGUCUUCUCUGAUGAUGAAAUCCAAUGUGUAAAAUCUGGGUGCUGGCGACCUGUAGCUCCUGAAUUAGUUCCAGAACCUGAGUUCUUCCCAGACGCAUUGGAAUCUUAUUUAGCUGAUCACGUUCAGCAUCCCUGGAAUUCCGCCAGGAUGGCUGUUAAAAGGCAUCUGGCUUAUCUGGGUUGGAAGAUGGAAUGCAAAAUGAGCGGGAAGAUGAAUAGAAUCCGUUAUGUUUCACCAGAUGGAAAGUGUUACCGUUCUCUCAUUCUGGCCUGCCAAUCCCUUUGCAGAAAUGCAGAAUUAAAUCCUGCAGUGAGCUCCGAAGAUGCUAACAAAAGUCUUAUUACUUUACCAAGAAAUGAAGACAGGAUUAAAAACUCCAAAGUCUCUGAGGAUUCUUUUCCUUCUGAAGGCAUGACACCUGAUGAUCGUAAUAUCACACGUGCUUGCUGCCCUCAAGCUGUUUGUGACUAUUAUUCUCUUGAAUUGGAACAGAGCAGAAAGGCCAGUGGGGUCAUUAAGGAGUUGAGGUUGAAAACCAAGGAGCAGCUCCGGGCAAUUGGAUGGGAGCUCUUCCUUCGUGACAAGGAAGGAAAGCGUGAGACGGUGUAUCAGUCACCAAGGGGAAGGCUUUAUUUUUCCCUUCGGAGGGCCUGCAAAGGUUGCAUACAAGAUGGUAGAAGUCAACAGUUGAAAGCGGGUACAGUGGAUCACGUAAUUGCUGGUGAGGAAGUCGAAGCGAAGUCUCCUAGCAAAAAGUUGUCCCUUUCAGUAGGUCGUGUUCCACAUCAGAAAGCUUUGCUGCCUCUUAAAAGAAACAAAAAACCUGAACGCAAUCGAAUGUUUAGACAUUUAAAAAAUGACACCCGUCGCCCUUCGAAGCUGAGAAUAAAAUUUCCUGGAGCUUUAGCCAAGGUAGGAGAUGAAAUGGAAACCAGUCGGUCAAGUUGUGCGCUACGGUCGUGCAAAAAAGUACAGAAGACCGUCCCCAGGCACUUUCUGCCCAAUUCUAAAACGUUACUCUCUUGGUUGAUAGAUAAGAAUAUAUUGUUGCCCAGGGCAAAGGUAUACUGCUGUAGCGAUAGCAGUGGCAGUAGUUUUGCUGAAGGCCGCAUACACCGUGAUGGCAUCAGGUGCAAUUGUUGUAAUGAUUUGCUUACUUUAAAUGGCUUCGUUUCCCAUUCGGGUGGCACAAAUUGCUCUCCCGCUGCCAUAAUUUGCUUAGAAGAUGGGAGAUCCCUCCUAGAUUGUCAGGUUCAAAUUUUGCAUGAGAAAAAGAGGAGUCACGUGAAGGAAGAUCCUGCUGACGGGGAGAUUCACAAAUCACAUGUGGACACGAGUGCUGAGAAUGAUUAUUUGUGCUCAAUUUGUCAUUAUGGGGGUGAUCUAAUAUUAUGCGAUCAGUGCCCAUCCUCCUAUCAUGGUACUUGCCUUGGUCUGAAGGGUGUUCCAGAUGGUGACUGGUAUUGUCCAUCAUGUUGCUGUGCCAUUUGUGGCGAAGGCAACCUCAGUGAAGAUAUUGGGCUUUCUACAGAUGUCAGCAUCAUAAAUUGUAGCCAAUGCAAGCGCAAAUAUCAUACUGUGUGCCUGAGAAAAAGAAGAGGAACUGAGUUAGGAGAUCACGGGAGAGGAAAUUGGUAUUGCAGCAGAAAGUGUGAACAGAUUCAUGUAGGUCUCUUGGAGCUUGAAGGAAAGCAGAUUAGAUUGGGCAUGGACAACUUGACGUUCACAAUGCUGAAGCCUGUCGAUUAUGAGAGACAUGAUGAUGUGGAUCUUCAGAUGAAGUAUGCUGCAGAAAAUUACAUCAAGCUCAAUAUGGCUCUCGAUGUGAUGCACGAAUGCUUUGAACCUUUCAAAGAGCCUUAUUCAAGUAGGGACAUCAUAGAAGAUGUUAUUUUUAAUAGAGGAUCAGAGUUAAACCGGCUCAAUUUCCGAGGGUUUUAUACAGUUCUCUUGGAGAAAAAUGAUGAGCUGAUAACUGUGGCCACCAUAAGGAUCCAUAGGGAGGUGGCAGAAGUGCCUCUUGUGGGAACGAGGUUCCAGUUCCGUCGACUUGGAAUGUGUCACGCUCUGAUGAAUACGCUUGAGAAGAAGCUUAAGGAGCUAGGAGUGGAGCGAAUUGUGCUGCCUGCUGUUCCCAGUGCACUGAACACUUGGACUGGCUCAUUUGGAUUUACGAAGAUGACCGAUUUGGAGAAAUUACAUUUUGUCAAUCACACGUUCCUCAAUUUCCAAGACACGACCGUGUGCCAGAAACGUUUAUUGGAUGGUCUAUCAGGAGAAUCGAGAGUAUCAAGUGGAUUGCUGCAGAAGCUUGCUGAUCAUCUCCAUGAAGCUGCUGAUAUUGAAUUGAAUGGUUUGAGUUCUGUUUCUGAAGAAUUUCUAGGCAAGGCCGUGGACGGGAGCAAGACUGUCGAACAAGCAACGAGGGAUAUUGAUGAAUCCAGCAAUCCAGUAGACAAAGUUGGUCAGAUAAAUGAAUCUGCUCAACUCGAUAGCAAGCAAAGCUUCACCAAACCUCUUCCAGAGUGUUCUAUCGCAGAUGCUGAAUCAGAUCAGAAGGACAGCGUGGAUGGAAGCAGAGUUUUCAGGUACUAUUAUCGGAGGAGGCGACCGUGCAAAGAAAGCCGAUGAAAAUUCGGUAAAACUUUGGAUGGACCCGGAUGAGGAAUAGCCUCCGAUAGAUUAUGAAAUUUUGCCUCGUUAUACGUGCAUAGUUCGUAGAAGGGUCUAAGAUAGUUUCCUUUCACCGGUACAUGCUGGCCGUUAUGAAUAAUUUUGUGACUGAGGACGAAUCACGGUAACCGGUCUCGAACUUCCUAAUGAUGUGAAGCUUAAUCAAAUGUUCGUAGGUAUCUCCAUUCUCCUCUGUUUAUUAUUGGUGCCGUGUUGAAAAUUUCCCAGUGGGCACUGACAAAAUAAAAAAGGAAACCCUUCCUUGAGCGUAAACAUUUUCUAUG